AUGCAAUUAUCUCUCUCUGUCUUGACCUCCAUUGCUUUGGCCCUCACUGCCUCUGUCAAUGGUGCUGUCCACACUGCAAAGAUCCAAAAACUCCCAGUUGAAGAGACUCUUGGAGCUGCUGCCUUCCAGGACUAUGCUUCUGCCUUAGCAACAAAGUACGUUGAUAUCUUCAAUGAAGCUAACGGUGGCAGUGUUGUCUUAGACGACCAGCCAGGCUCAGGUGCCCAAAUCCCAUUCCUAGGUGCUGGAACUUCCGGCAAGGGUGGAUCCACCAAGACUCCAUUAACCAACUACCUUAACGCUCAGUACUUUACUGAAAUCCAAUUGGGUAGUCCACCUCAAUCGUUCAAGGUUAUUCUCGACACUGGAUCCUCCAACUUGUGGGUCCCAUCUCAAGAUUGCUCUUCAUUGGCUUGUUUCCUCCACACCAAGUAUGACCACGAUGCUUCGUCUUCAUACAAGGCCAACGGCUCCGAGUUCUCUAUUGCUUACGGUUCCGGUUCCUUGGAAGGUUACGUUUCCCAAGAUACCUUGACUCUUGGGGGUUUGACUAUUCCAAACCAAGAUUUCGCAGAAGCUACUAACGAACCAGGUUUGGCUUUCGCCUUUGGUAAGUUUGAUGGUAUUUUAGGAUUGGGUUACAACACCAUUUCAGUCAACAAGAUUGUUCCUCCAAUCUACAAUGCCAUUGAGCAAGGUUUAUUGGAUGAGCCACAGUUUGCCUUUUACUUAGGUGACACCAACAAGGAUGAAGAAGACGGUGGUGUUGCUACAUUCGGUGGAUAUGACGUUAGCGCUUUCACUGGUGACAUCAAAUGGUUACCAGUCAGAAGAAAGGCUUACUGGGAAGUUUCCUUCGAAGGUAUUGGUUUAGGUGAUGAAUACGCCGAAUUGAAGUCCACCGGUGCUGCCAUCGACACUGGUACUUCCUUGAUCACUUUGCCAUCAUCUUUGGCUGAAAUCAUCAACUCAAAGAUUGGUGCUACCAAAUCUUGGUCUGGUCAAUACCAAAUAGACUGUGAAAAGAGAGAUUCGUUGCCAGACUUAACUUUGAACUUUGCUGGUUACAACUUCACUUUAUCUCCUUAUGACUACACUUUGGAUGUAUCAGGAUCUUGUAUCUCUGUUUUCACCCCAAUGGACUUCCCAGAACCAAUUGGUGACUUGGCCAUUAUUGGUGAUGCAUUCUUAAGAAGAUACUACUCUAUUUACGACUUGAAGAAGAAUGCUGUUGGUUUAGCCAAGGCAAAAUAA